AUGAACGCCCUCGAGUACUUCAAAACCCACCUCAAGUACGAGAAGAACCCCAAGAUCCGCGAAGCCAUCACCCACAAAUUCACCGACUACCUCCGCCGCGCCGAGGAGAUCCGCGCCGUCCUCGACGAAGGAGGCGGUGGUCCCGGAUCCAACAACGGCGGCGACGCGGCGGUCGCGACGAAGCCGAAGAGUAGUAAUAAGCCCAGAGACGGAGGAGAGGGUGGAGGAGAGGAUCCGGAGCAGUCGAAGCUCAGAGCUGGGUUGGACUCGGCGAUCGUGAGGGAGAAGCCGAACAUCAAGUGGAGUGACGUGGCGGGGCUUGAGAGCGCUAAGCAGGCUUUGCAGGAAGCUGUGAUUUUGCCUGUCAAGUUUCCUCAGUUCUUCACCGGAAAGAGGCGGCCUUGGCGAGCUUUUCUCCUGUAUGGCCCACCUGGAACGGGGAAGUCUUACUUGGCUAAGGCUGUUGCUACUGAAGCUGACUCUACCUUUUUCAGCGUGUCUUCAUCAGACCUGGUGUCCAAGUGGAUGGGUGAGAGUGAGAAGCUAGUAUCGAACCUUUUCGAGAUGGCUCGUGAGAGUUCUCCAUCCAUUAUUUUCGUUGAUGAGAUUGAUUCUCUGUGCGGUCAGCGUGGUGAAGGAAACGAGAGCGAAGCUUCUAGACGUAUCAAAACAGAGCUUCUUGUGCAGAUGCAGGGUGUUGGACACAGUGAUGAUAAAGUACUCGUGCUUGCUGCAACAAAUACACCUUAUGCUCUUGAUCAGGCUAUCAGACGACGUUUUGAUAAGCGUAUCUAUAUUCCUCUCCCGGAAGCUAAGGCUAGGCAGCACAUGUUCAAAGUCCAUUUGGGAGACACGCCUCAUAAUUUAACGGAAUCUGAUUUUGAAUAUUUAGGACUCAAGACAGAGGGGUUUUCUGGUUCAGAUGUGUCUGUUUGUGUAAAAGAUGUUCUGUUUGAACCAGUUCGCAAAACUCAGGAUGCAAUGUUCUUUUUCAAGUCACCUGAUGGCACAUGGAUGCCAUGUGGACCUAGGCAACCUGGAGCCAUCCAAACAACAAUGCAAGAUCUAGCUGCUAAAGGCCUGGCCGAAAAGAUUAUUCCACCACCAAUCACCAGAACCGAUUUCGAGAAAGUACUUGCUAGACAAAGGCCAACAGUGAGCAAAUCUGACCUUGACGUCCAUGAGAGAUUCACCCAGGAGUUUGGAGAAGAAGGUUAAUAGAUUUAUGUCGUUCAAGUUAUCAUACUUCUUCUCACUAUCAUUAUUAGUCUCUUCCCUUUCUUCUUAUGUACUGGGAAGGAAACAAAUCUCAAACCCACCGUGUUUUGAUUCGAUCCCAAAACAUUCCAUUUGCUUUAUUUCUCGAAAUGUGUAAAAAUUGUUUUAAAUUCUCGAACAAUGUUUUUCUUAUUA